AUGCUACAUAAAUAUAAAGAUGGUAACAUGAAGGUGGUGGCUAAUGACUCACGUUCUCUGAUAGCAGCAGAGAAAAAUAUCAAAUCGAAAAGGAAUGCUCUAGAGAUUACUUUAGCCGUGAAACAUUUCACAGAUUUUUACACAGUAGAAGCUUUCGUUCACAAACUGAUCACCAUCGAUCAUUGUCACUAUUUGUGUCGAAAAAAGGAAUUCCUACCCAUAUUGCUAAUACAACGAUGGAGUACGAUAUUAUUAAGCUAUGGUUUCAAGAUGGAGUGUAUACCAUCCAAGAAACUAGGUUAUGCGGUUUGUUUAUCUAGACUGAUUUCUAAAAAUGUGAAACUAUUUGAAGAUACCAUGAUUGAUGCUUUGCAAGCGGAAAAUGAAAUUAGAAAUGUUUUGUGUAACGUUAUUCGUGAACUGUCAGUGACUUUACAAGAUAGAAUGAAAAUCAGAAAACGAUAA